GUGGCCCAUUUGACCAAAACGCGUUCUUCUCAAACCACUCAUUCUGAAGUGGGAGUGAGGCACAGAAAGGGAAUUACUCCGCGAGACUUUCAACUGAUUUCGUUUUUCCUCUUCUCCUGUGCAGACGGGACACCCAGCUCUUUUCAGCCAUUGAACGGCAACUACUUGAAAGACGGCAUCUAGAACUAGAAGCAAAUGGAUCAGACAUACGGAGAAGUGAAUCAAUUAGGUGGCGUGUUCGUCAAUGGAAGACCCCUGCCCAAUGCCAUACGUAUCAGAAUUGUGGAACUGGCCCAACUUGGAAUCAGACCCUGUGACAUCAGCAGACAGCUCCGCGUCUCUCAUGGAUGCGUGAGCAAGAUUCUGGCUCGUUACAAUGAAACUGGGUCCAUAUUACCCGGAGCCAUUGGAGGAAGCAAACCCCGGGUCACAACACCCAAUGUGGUUAAAAGUAUAAGGGAUUACAAACAAGGUGACCCGGGAAUAUUCGCGUGGGAGAUCCGGGACAGACUUCUUGCGGACGGAGUUUGCGACAAGUACAAUGUUCCGUCAGUCAGCUCAAUUAGCCGCAUUUUAAGGAACAAGAUUGGAAACCUCUCCCAGCCAAGCCAGUAUGAGAGCAGCAAGCAGCCCCCUCCUCAGCACGCGCUUGCAUACAAUCACAUGUACCCGUAUUCAUAUCCCAACACAAUGUCACCCACUGGGGCCAAAAUGGGCAACCCUCCUGGAGUACCAGUUACGGCGGGCCAUGUGAGCAUCUCGAGGGCCUGGCCUUCGGUGCACACAGUCAGCAACAUUUUAGGCAUCAGGGCCUUCAUGGAUCCAACAGCCAUUGCCGGAGCCGAAGGAUACCCACCGAAAAUGGAGGACUGGGCUAGUGUUAACCGAUCGUCGUUUCCCUCAGCUCACGUUGUCAACGGAAUUGACAAAUCAGCUAUUGAAACGGACAUUAAAUACCCACAGCCUUCGUCAAAUCUAUCCAGUUAUGUCCCAGCCUGUGCCUAUUCUCCCUCCAACCAAUACGGAGUUUAUGGUGGGCCAGCAGGUAGCUACGUUAACCCAGGGCACCAUUGGCAGUCUCAGACCGCGGGUCUUUCCCACCCAAGUAGCGGAGUGAUGCAUGGGGCAGACAUCCACUCUGCAAUGGCCUUCAAACAUCCAUCACGCGACGGAGACAGAAAACCCCCCAGCCCCUUAAGCAAGCAGCAGCACGAGGCAUUGAGCAGCGUACACGGACUCACUCUUCCUACCUCAGCAUCUUAACUUCAUGAGUGGACGCAACGCCACGCAAGAGGAUUUCAAAUGUCUCGUAGCUUAGGCUACAACAGAAUCCUAAUUUAGUUGAACACAUUUCAAGAAUUCAAAGAGUAAGUGAAAGCACUAUUUAUAAAUUACCAGUCAUAGUGUUAACUACCCUGGGGCCCCAGUAUGUUCUAACGCACGUGCAUAUAAAGCAGCCUUCAAAGGAAUAAUCUGAAACAAGUGCAUAUUUUCCACGUGCAGCGAUUCUUGUUGCUAGACGUUUUUCCAUCGUCCAAUUUUUGUUACCUUUAAUUUAUGUACAUUAUGUACGACAAACCAAUAAAUGCAACAAUGAUAUCAUGUUAGAACAUUAGUUGUAUCAAUGUCAUUAAUGACAAUAAUAAAACAACGUAUGUGCAGAACUAUAUUUGUGGAUUAUCAAACCUGUCAUAAUUAAUUUGUGGCUUUUGCAAAUCAGACAAAAAGGUUAAGAUGUGGAAAAAGUCAUCUAUUGUAUUGUAUUUCUGAUUGUAAAUGUAAACUAUUUGCGAAAGCUUUAAUUAAAUAUUUUUUAUAAAUCUUUUUUGUAAAUAUGCUA